AUGGCUCCUGAUCCGUGGGGAGACACGAUAGACAAUGCCAUCCUUAUUGACGAUGACGAUGAGGCUCCCGGAACUGCUGGCAGAGAGACACCUCCCGAAAUGACAGCACUGCCUGUAAUGAUGGCUGAUGGUACCGUCGAGAACCAUCCAUACGGACUUCCCUUAGGCGUCUUUCUGGACGAUGACCAGCAUACUGAGUCCACGGAAGUUGCAACCCCACCCCCCAGUCUCAUUGAGGACAUGGCUGAGGGAAUCUACACACCCAUUCCCCGGGCAUUGAGCGGGACCAGGAGCCAGAAAUCACUGACUUGGGAGUUCCUCCUGGUACAAUUUAUCAAUGCCGACACUGAAGGCGAGCAUAGGUCUCGCCAACCCGCCAUUGGUGUCUACCACGGCACUGAUUAUGUCCAUCUUGAUCACCCCAACCUACCGAAUGAGGUCCAGGAGCCUGACAGUACACCUGAACCUGCCACUAGCAAUAACUCGGGUUGCAGUGCACCAAACUCGGAAGCAUUAGAGAGUUAG